UGCCCGCGGUUUCCUUGUCCCAGGGAGUGGCAGGGAUAAGCCUGUAUGAGUACUACGCACCUGGCGGAGUGGUGUCCAGUGGGCUUCUUGCAGAGGGUGACGCUUUCAGCCUGAAUGGGCGGGAGAUCCUACUCCUGUCGGGCGCUUUCCACUACUUCCGCGUCCACCCUGCCCGCUGGAGGGAGACCCUCAAGAAGCUCAAGGCAGCAGGACUGAACGCCGUCGAGACCUACGUACCCUGGAACCUGCACGAGCCCCGCAGGGCGGAGUUCGACUUCGGCGGUUCUCGGGGAGCAAUGUCCAUAUUCUCGACGUCCGCGCCCCGUGCAGAUGGCGCGGAGAGGACCUCUUCGUCAUCUUGCGCCCCGGACCAUACAUUUGCUCCGAGUGGGAUUUCGGCGGCAUGCCAAGUUUCCUUCUGGCGGGACUACACGAUUGCAGGUCAGAACCUACUACGAAGGCUUCCGGUUGGCGGCGGCGACCUUCUUCGACAACCUUUCUGCGAACUGGUCGACCUGCAGUUCACUCGAGGCGGGCCCAUUAUCGCAGUUCAGAUCGAGAACGAGUACGGGAACUUCGGCUACAGCGACGAGCCUCGUGAUACUCUCUACCUGGAGUUCCUGCGAGACAACCUGAUCAUCAACGGCUUCGGGGAGUCGCUCUUCUUCACGUCCGACACGCCUUCCCAGUCGGGGGACCUCGGCUCGGUGCCCGGAGAGCUGAUGACGGCCAACUUCAAGACAGGAGGAGAAAAUGAACUCAAGAUUCUGAAGGAGAUACAACCCGACCGGCCUCUGAUGGUGAUGGAGUUCUGGACCGGCUGGUUCGACCACUGGCUGGCCGAAGUGCACGUCACUUGGGCGCCCGAGACAUUCGCCGAGAACCUUGAGAUGAUCCUGAACCACAACGCCUCCGUCAACAUGUACAUGUUCAUCGGCGGGACCAACUGGGGCUUCAUGGCGGGCGCCAACACACUGAACAUCUGGCCUCACUAUGCGCCUGAUACCACCUCCUACGACUACGACGCUGUAUUAACCGAAGCCGGCGACUACACCGAGAAGUACAAUCUGGCGAAGGAGAUCAUUGCCAGAUUUAAUCCUCUAGAAGGCAUUGCCUGAGUGGUUGGACUGCUUUCGGCGGAUCCCUCGCCGCCCCCGCCCUAUACCGCUGCGUCCUGGAGGUGGACGGUGCCCCCGAGGACACGUGGCUGGACAUGAGCGGCUGGGGCAAGGGCGCCGUCUUCGUCAACGGCUUCAACCUGGGCCGCUACUGGAACGCCGGCCCGCCCAAAACGCUGUACCUACCGGGGCCUCUGCUGAAGGAGGGCAGCAACGAGAUCGUGGUGUUCGAGCAGUACACGGCCUCGUCCGAAAUCAUGUUCCGGGACACUCCGAUCUUGUCUUAGGCUUUGUUUCAUUCUGAUUUGCUCGGAGAAAUAGAUAAAGCUUAUUUACUAAUUAUGAAUAUACUAUGCCCAAUGUAAGUCCGUGCUACGUACAACGCAGUCAUAGUAAGAAAGAAAACAAGGAAAUGUCGAAAUGAUAUUCAACUUUAUCUUUAAAUGAGGAUUCUAAA